UCAGCAACAGCACACAUGGAACGUAACGUAAUUAUCAGGAAUUCCUUUUAACAUCGUUUACAUCUCCUUUAGAGUCUUUUUUUAUGUACCCCUCAAAUUAGACUGAAAAACUCAAGCUGCAGUGAAAUACGUGGCUCAGUCUGGAUUACUUGUAUUGACUCUCAUUUGCAAUAGAUGUUUUCAACACGAGGAUAGUUCUCAUACCAAAAAAUUGUAAUGGCGAGAUUGCAGACAAUUUUCGUCCUAUUGCUGUCCUGCCCGUAUUUUCCAAAUCCUUCGAGGCUUUGGUAAAAGAAAGAAUUGUAUCGUAUUUUGAUAAAAAUAAAGUUUUUGCCGAAAGUCUGACAUGUGCAUAUAGGUAGAUAUUCUGGCCGGGAGAUUAAACAAAAUUACAUGUCAGAUUGGAAAACUCAUUCAACUUACAACUUUUGAGACGGCUUUAACGUUUUAAUUUAGUACCUUCGUUAACGUGAUAUCAUAUAGCAUGUUGUUGAGGGAAGACUCUGAAAGGAAAAUAAAAAAAUAAAGAAUUCCGACUUUGAUAUGUAUGAUACCAUAAUCUGUGUGAUCCCUAUCAUCGUGUUGGAAUUUAAAAGAACUGUUAAACCCAUUUUAACAGAAGAAUGCGAUUAUAACUACAAAGAUUUUUUGUGAAUGCAACCAUGAAAGCAACAUGACCUCUGAAUUUUAGAUUGUUUGUGUAUGCGUAAACUGUUUGUUAUAUAUAUUGUAUAUUUACUCUAAAUGUAUUGUUUAUACAUGUUUUAAACUACCAUAUCGUAUUGUAAUUAUUUGCGCAAAAUACAAAAUUUGCACAAUUGUUUGUCAUUUCUUUCGAGUUUUUACUGCAAUUUCUUCAUUAUUACGUUAUGAGGCAAAAGUAUGAAGUGUUUUUUACCACGUGGCGACUUUUGAGGCGCUGAGAAAAUUAUAAAACAAACCGGGAUGAGAUUUCGAUCGGACGCGCUGAGCGGGUUUUAAAUUAAAAUUUUAUAGCCUGUCGCGAUGCACCGGCAGCGGUUUCACUCAAUCCGCGGUUAUUGAUUCUUUUGUAAGCGGCAUCGUAUAAUAAUUACUAUCGAUACUGUGUAAUGAUUAAUCAAUUAAUUAACUUCGUUUAACAGUUGUCUAUUUUCCGCCGAGCCCAACAUGCGGGCAAGAAUUUGCGGUUUUUACGCCGUUUUAACCCGAUCGCUACCCGUAGAUACGUUUCAUAUAAGAGGCUACCAUUAUCUAUCGAAUUAAAAACUUGUGGAAAACCGUGGCGAUGGCGUCGAUAGGAUAUCCGAACAUAUUUUUUAAAUUUUUUCAGAUAAUUUACCAUACAUUAUGAACAUAUCGUCAACACGUCGAAGCAAGACCCUAGGUUUAACAAUUUCUGCAUCUAUAGCGUCAGAGAGGAGAAUCCAUCGUUAAGCCAUCAUCCUAAGGAGCUUCAUCAAUCUCUCCACGGAUAAUGAACUUCUGCCUACAAUUGUUGUAUCCUUUCUCAAUCUGCUCUCGACAAAGUCUAACGAUUCUUUCAACGGCACGUUUAAACUUUCCACGUCAAAGCUAACAAACCUAUCCGGAAGACAUAACCUUACGCUUACCAAAAUAUGUACCAAACGCCCGGAGUCUUUUACAAAUCAAACAGUUUUUUCCCACAGGUGACUGGACAACUUGAAGGAAAAAUCUUCUGGCUGAUGAUUGCGGAAUCCUCGGAAAUGAUGAUUGGUCUGAGUGGAACAUUAUCUUUGUGAAUUUUUGGAAGUCUAUAAAGAUCACUCGAAUAGCAAAACAAUACAAAGUUUAGACUGUAUUCAAGGGAAGAACAACAUUAAAGAGCAUACUUAAAAAAGUAAAGCCAGAAGCUUCGAUUCAAGUAUCUACGACAUACCCUGUAAAUCGGAGAAACAAAAAAACUUUUACACGUUAGAAUUGAAGAACAUAGGAAAAGAUCAGGGAUCACGGAACAGGAUCAGAUCAGAACCAGACCAAUACAGAAGCCAAAAACAGAACUCAUAACAAGCACAUAUGACGAUAAUGUCAAUGGGACAGCUUCUCGAGCUUAGAGCCUCGAGGUGAUAAUCACUGGGUGGUUAGGAGACUGGGAGUAGGCUAAAGAGGGAUAGCAGGUAUACUCGGGCUUGCACCUAGAAAACCGAGGAAUCCUACACUACCCGGGGAGAAUCUGGCGUCUAUAAAACUUUUCUACCUGCCACAAAACAAGCUUUGGUUAGUUUUGCUUGGUUUUGAUUACUUUUGAAACAACCACACUGUCAAAGUUGCGUUCGCAACGGCACUACCUACGAAGAUUACUCACCUUUUUGGGAUGGAUAUUUUCUGCCGUUUUGUUAUUUAUGGCGCUGGCCUUUCUGCAUAGAGAAUACCAAAUAUUUUCGAUCCCGCCCUUGAAAACAUAUCUCAAUAACUCCAGAAUAUUGAACCAGGACGAAGUAGAAGACAAGAGUAUCAUUGAAACGAAAAGAAACGAUUACGAUGCCAAGCUUUUCUUCCAUGAAUUAUAUGAAAACAGACCACCGGCCUGUCGAAAUGUUAAGACGUUAAUGGAGUGUUGCCAAAUUAUAGGCGGCACCCCAUUUUACGGAAUGAACGGCGGAUUAUUUGAAUACUGUAUCAUUCAAGACAUGGUAGCAAAUCUACGAGCAUCCAAAACGCAGUACAGAAAAAAGCGGCUAGUUCAAUAUUCGUAUCCAGAAAAUUUCCCUCCAAUAAAUGAAUAUCAAAGCGUCUUCGAUCACGAAGGGCAAUAUGGAAAUCCUGAUAUUGAUUAUUAUGAAAAACAAUUAACCCCCGAUUUCAGUACGAUUGACACGCAUUGGAACAUCUACCAUUAUGACGGUCCACAUCAGAAUUAUUUUGACAAUCCCAAUCACAAUGCAUUUGAUGAUCGUCCUGCAGAUGAAUACGAAGUUUUGGGUUCCGUUAACAAUGAGUUUAAUAAUCAAAUGCAAUUUUUCGAAGAAAAAAACGGACUCCAAUCUUCUCUGGAUCCGAAUAUUCCACCUUUCCUCGAUCUGCCGGAUUAUGUUCAAAGGGAAAUUGUAGAGCAUAUCACCAACAGUCCUUACGUAGAGCCUGGAAGUAACGCAAUUCAUCAAUAUGCCGAAGGGAUAGUGGAGGAGAAGUUCCCGAUUUUGACCAGAGAAAAUCUUCAUGAUGAUAUGCCAACUCUCUCCGAGAGCCAAAAAGUAUAUACUCUGAAAGCUAAGGCCGACGAACCAGUUACGAGCGCUAAUGGAGACACAGGUUCGAUAAAACAUUUUCCAAGGGCAAAAUCUGAUGAAUCCAGAAUAAAUUUUAAUAUUACAAGGGAUGCUAUCACGCAUGACGGUAAAAUGACUUCCAAUUUUUUAAUUGACCUCCUUGAUCACAUUUUCAGAAGAAAUGAGAAAGUACAGAAAGGUCUAACAACUGUAGUCGCAUCUAAUGGGACAAAAGUAAUAAAUUUAAAUAAUGUGGGGGAUAAAUUGCAAGACAGAUCAAGAAUAGUGAUUCAAGAUUCAUCAACUACCGAGAAAUUAUUAGAAGAUGCAGUUAUGGGUACGCAAUAUCCCACGAUUGCUCCAAAUGAGGAUACCACUAACAAUGGUCAUUUACUACGUGCAAAUGCUCAGCAAGACAAUUUUCAGCCAAAGACCAAGUUAGACGGUUUCGCGACUGGCAGCGAAGACAUACAAUCUAAUCAACAGUCUUAUAUCAACCCAUGCUUUUAUCCAUAUUUUUCGCCGUAUAUGCCGCCGGUUAAAAUAGGAAUGCCACAAGAUAGUAGUUAUCUGAAAAUUUUACCAGUCAGCCAACCGAAAACGCAACAACAUCCCAUGUACGUUCUCAACCCUCCGAUGUUGUAUAAUAUGCCACAACCGAUUAUCCAGAAUUAUGCUCCACCUUUGAGUCAGCAGGUUCAAUAUGGAGCGUAUACAAAUGCGGUACAAUCUCAGUACACUGCCUAUAAUAGUCCAGUACAAGCAAGCGCGCCCGGUGGACAGUUUUAUUUAUGUAACCCUAUUCCAACACCUACAAACAAUAUUGCUGGAGUCACUGGUGUAGAAAUACGAAGAGAUGCUUCCAAUUUGCAGACUUUGUUGGAAAAUUCACAAAGUCAAAACACUGGCGAUAAUAUAAACAUAAGGGAACCGGCUUUGAUAUGUCCGGUAGGCGAACAAAGCUGUGCAGAUAAUUUAAAGUGCAUAAAAACCUACCAUAUUUGUGACAACGAGGUGCACUGCGACGAUGCAAGCGACGAACUUUUCUGCAGCUGCAAAAACAGAAUUGGAAAAGUACGUAUUUGUGAUGGAUAUUGCGACUGUCCGAACUGCGAAGACGAAACGGCAUGCUUUGGUUGUAAGGAAGACGAGUUCAGUUGCGAUGAUUGGUCGAGAUUCAGACGAAGCACUUGUAUACCUAUAAGUCAGAGAUGCGACAAUAUUAAACAGUGCGAGAUAACGGGGAAAGAUGAGGCUGAAUGCUCCAUUUUACUCGACAGCAUUGGUAGUUUUGCGCAGAACCAAAUUUCAAAUUCUAUAGGCUUUCUGCACAGGAAUUACAAAGGAAAAUGGUACCCAACGUGUUUCGGCACGGAACGGUGGGCGGCGGAGGUGUGCCAAAUUGAAGCGGGUCCAAGCAUGGUAAGCCCCCGCACACAUAUGACCCUAACUACCGACCAGUACAACGGCAACUACAUCAAUAUUUUACCAAAUAACGAAAUUAGCUUGGUGAAUACUUGCGUUCAAGACAGAGCCGCUUUUGUGGAAUGCCCACCGAUUUAUUGUGGUCUAAGAUACAUCAUGAAAAACCCCUAUAGAUCAGAAGAGAUUGACACCAGCGUCGAAGACACGCUUGACGAUUUCGAACGACGAUUCAACUUAAAAGAAGCUAUAUUGGGCGCAAAAUUUACGAAUGCUAGCGGAGAUAUUAUUGUACAAGAGACCAGAGUUGUAGGUGGUAAGCCCAGUCAGCCGGCAGCAUGGCCUUGGUUGGUGUCGAUUUACAAAAAUGGAAUAUUUCAUUGUGGAGGAGUACUGAUUAACGAAUUAUGGAUUGUUACAGCUGCUCAUUGUGUUGAUAGAUUUUGGUUAUACUACUACGAAAUUCAAGCUGGGGCGUUAAGAAGGUUUUCCUAUUCUCCCAUGGAUCAAACAAGAUUUGCUACAAUGAUAUUACCACACGAAAAUUACAGCAAGUCGAAUUUGAGGAAUGAUAUCGCGCUGAUGAAGGUAUCGGGGCCUUUUAGAUAUAAUAGAUACGUCAGGCCAAUAUGUUUGCCCUCUGAAAUUACUGCCGGCAGUGAUUUCCAAAAAGGACCUCUACCAGGAGUUAUCUGUACCGCAGCAGGUUGGGGCGCCACGUUUGAGCACGGAGUUGAUCCUGAUCACAUGAGGGAAGUGGAAGUGCCAAUUUUGAGGCACUGCAAGCACAAAGAAGAUUCCGAUAGAGAUGAAUUAUGUGCAGGUUUAUCUGAAGGUGGCAAAGAUGCAUGCCAGGGCGAUAGCGGUGGCCCUUUAAUAUGCAGAAAUCCCAACAAUCCCAAUCAGUGGUACCUAGCAGGAAUAGUAAGUCACGGCGAGGGAUGCGCCAGGCCAAAUGAACCUGGAGUUUACACCAAAGUUAGCAGAUAUAUGGGGUGGAUAGCUGAAAACACAAGGGAAAGUAGAACAAGUUUUAGAGUUCCUCUUCACAAAUGUCCGGGCUUUACGUGUAAGGGAACUAGAAGGUGUAUGCCGAAAAAGCGGAAAUGUGACCGAAUCAUCGAUUGUUUAUUUGGCGACGACGAAUUGAAUUGUGACCACAGCUUCCACACAUUGUUUAAACAUUCCAGGAAUAAUUUCUUUAAAGAUCCAUCUAGUGCGUCAGCCGAUACAUUAUUCAGUGAUUUUGUGAAUAAUUUUGAACCAGAUAUUGGUAUCUUGGGCAGUAAACAAACUACCAUCGCCGAGAAUAAAACCAGCAUAAAGGAAGACUCUAAUUCUGCUCAGUAUGGCAUCGACUAUUUCCGAUGCACAAGUUUGCUGCAAGCAAUUCCGUUGAAAAAAAAGUGUAACAAAAUUUUGGACUGUGAGGAUGGGUCGGACGAGAUUAACUGUGCCUGUGCUGAUUACGUGAAAACUCAAGACCCAUUGGCUAUAUGCGAUGGAAUCAGGGACUGCAGCGAUGGAUCUGAUGAAGUCAAUUGUGUUAAGUGCAACGACCACGAAUAUGUUUGUCAGUUCACUCAAAAAUGUAUUCCGGCGGAAAAAAGAUGUGAUGGAAAUUUCGAUUGUCUUCAAAAGGAGGAUGAAUUAAAUUGUGCCGCCCUUACCAAUGGAAAACAUCUGCUUCUGGAUAAAGACGGCCACUCCACUCUAUUGUCUGCCGGACUGGUUUCAAUCAAUCGUGACGAUGUUUGGAAGCCUUUAUGCGUAGAAGAUUCGUCUCAUUAUCAAGCUUCCGUUGCGGCACAUAUUUGCAAUCUAUUGGGUUUCGAGGAGUACCUUUCCUUUCACAAAUACAUUUUGGAAAAUGGAUCAUUAACCACUUUUAAUGCUAAAGAAUAUUUAUUUCGUGUAAACAGAACUGGAAACGAAUCUGCAGCAUGCACGAACAAUUGCUGCAAUGGUUUGUUUGUUAGAUGCUCCGAAAGUUCCGUCAGCAGGACCCUGAGCUACAAUAGAGCAGGUGGCAAUUUGGAGCUGUAUUUCCUGCCAUGGAUGGCGGCUAUAUAUAUGGAUGGAAUAUUUAAUUGUUUGGGAACCAUAAUCGAGAAAAACUGGAUUGUCGCUUCAAGUUACUGUUUUAGAGAGGUUUCGCUAUUACAGAUGCAUUAUGUGGUUGCAGUUGUUGGGAAGGGAAAACUGCAUUUGGACGUAGAAGGACCUCACGAACAAUUGAUUAGAAUAAUAGAGAUCAUCAAGGUAGACUCGACAGAUAUUACGCUACUUCGGACAGAACGCAAUGUAACAAUUAACAGAUAUGCAAGGACCGCGAAUUUAAAUAUCAGAAGAGAAAGCAUUCAAAAAGAAAAAUGUUACUCUUUUGAACUCGAUACGACACGAAAGUUAACUUUUGUCUCUUUAACUCCGAUGAAGAGUUGUAUUGUUGGAUUUAGAUGUUUUGAGGGAACGAAGUCAGACUGCCAGGACCGUUUGCUAUCAAGUGGUAUUGUAGUAUGCGACUCAAGAAAUGGAUGGUAUCCGGCAGCGGUAUUUCACGACGAACCUGGGUCGUGCGGUAUAUCAAUAUAUAAACAAUACACAAGUAUCAGAUUCUAUAAAAAUAAAAUUCGGGACACGAUGAAACUUCCAGUAUCGCGAGUUAGUACUCCAUCGUGUGACGGAUUUUUGUGCCGACUCGGACAAUGUAUACCCCAGAAAAAUCUCUGCAACGAUAUUUCGGAUUGUCAUAGCGGCGAAGAUGAAAGUCCAGAAUUGUGUACAGAGAAGGAACAGCGGUGCCAUCUAUUGGACGAUUGCAUUUGUCCCCACACGCAUUUGAAGUGUACGAACAAUAAGUGCAUCGCGAAGAAUUCGUUCUGCGAUAGAAUCGACAACUGCGGCGAAUACGAAGACGAGCCAAGAAUUUGCUCCUGCAAGAACUACUUGAAAUUAACCCAUCCGGAAAGAAUAUGCGACGGUGUUGUCCAUUGUAUGGACAGAACCGAUGAAGAUCCGAACAUAUGCCCGUGUGAACUGGAAGGCUUCCAAUGUGGAAUAACCAACAAAUGUAUUAGUCAGGAAAUGGUGUGCGAUGGUAUUGACGAUUGUCCACAUGGAGAGGAUGAGAAAACCUGCUUAUCACUCAAAACUGAAGAUCAGGCACGGAUGAAUGCGGGCGAAGUAUUGACUCGCACAGCUGGUGUUUGGCACUCAGGUUGCUUCAGUUUAACAUACACAAGUUCACAACUCGAGGAUAUAUGCACGCGCCUCGGAUUUGCCGAAAAUAGCGCGACCCAACUUACCCCUCCAAGAAAUGUUAGCUCGAUGUCUGCUUUAAGGCCCACUUUCGACGAAUUUGACGUUGUGUGGCUUCGCAGAAUGGCCGGAAAUCUUUUCAAAUUGAGACUACGCACAGGAAAUGACCCCUACGUGAAAUUUGAAGAAGACAACACCUGCCAUAGAUUAUUUAUAGCUUGUUUAUAA